AUGGCUGCUUUACUUGAAAGGUUUGGAACAGACGUCUAUCACAUCGAAUAUCGAGGUAUUUACAGUAAUCAUUUGAUGCAUGGAGUAGUUGCGCUUGUUGGUUUGGGAGCAGCAGAAGCGCGGGUCGAGUCCUUCGUUCAUAGCUACAUCAAACAUCUAGACCCAGUCCCCAAAAUCUCUGAGAAUGUGCAAGUAACAGCGGAAAACCUAAUGACUUUCGCUGGAAAGCGAAGUAAUUUUUUGGAACUCGUCAAGUUCUUCACAAACGAGCUGGAGUCUCUACGCAUGCGCAAAUCUAAUGCCUCCCAAAAUCCCUUGUCUUUACUGUUACAACGACAUGUUCCCUCUCUAGCUGACGGAGGCAUUGGGGCGGCAGCUUUUCAUCCUCUAAUACAUAUUGGGUAUGGACUGAUGCAAAAUACCUCUGGUGACUUCAUUGCGAGCCCUCGAGAUGUCAUUGAUGGUCUUUCCUACAUGGUGUUUUCAUACCGACGCGCAAUCGGAGGCAAAUCAAGUGCCGCAAUUGCAGAGUCAAUCAUAAUAGAACUGGAUAUUAGUAGUGACAGUGGUCACUGGCAAUCAGAAUUCGGAAUCUCCGAUUUGUCUGAUGCACUUCUUGCUGUAGUCUCGGAUUUUCGCUCUGGUCAAAGGGUCCAAAAGGUGUUUAAACAAUUGGCUGAUCUUGCUGCAUCACCCGAGUAUGACUCCAUGGAGCCAGCAUCGAGUUUUGAAAGAGGAACGGCUGCGAUGGGCGACAAUAUGCAGGACUGUCUCGACAGUUGUACUGAGGCAGCAAUGAAACGCUUGCACUCACAGUUUGAAGCAAAAUAUGGCAUAAUGAAAGAGACCUGCCCAUCUUUCAUAACCUACACGAUGAAAGCAAUAGUCGAUGGUGCCAUCGCUUUGUAUGCACAAUCAUCAAAUGGUGACGACUUCUUUCUUCUUCAUGGAGUCACAUCCGUGUGGGCUCUCAGACGAAUGCUUCAAUAUUUUGAUUCUAAUAUCGAGAAAAUCCAAAUACUUGUGGCAUACGUCAAAGCUCUCCUUGCUACUUACGUCACACAGGGAAUGCCAACAUUGAUGGGAGCAUCGAAAUGGACCGAGUCUCUGCCCAGUUGGACGGAUAUCAUCAAGAAAACUGUGGAUAGUAGUGUGGAUGAACACGAAUAUAAGGUCGUCUAUACGUGUCAUGAAGCAGAGAGAGUGUAUGGAUCGCCACCGUCUCAACUGUAUCGGCUCACUGCAGCACAGAAGAUGCGCUUCAUUCCGUGGCCUUGUGUGUGAAGGUCACGAUCACCCAUGGGUGCAUCACUACAUUUUUUGACUAAACGAAUUCUACAACAAAUUAAAAGCCAAUGAGAUUUGAGUAUUCAACGCAUCUAUGAAAGAACAGUGACAAUAGCAAAGUAGUUUUAGGUAUUAAGAUAGCACAAAUAUGACUGACUAUGUAGUGUUGCCCUACCAUCAAUUUAAAUUAAUUCAAUUUUCAUGAUCACAUCUACUAUAAAUUAGAUUCAGUUGGAGAGCUGAUUGAGAUAAAGCUUAAUUUGCUUGGAAAAAUAAAUUUUUCGU